AUGAUAGACAGUCUUGUUGAUGCUACAGAUGACUGUAUCGUUUUUUUGAAACAAUACAAGGGACUAAACGUCAGUGUAGCAGCUGUACUCGACACAUGGAAAACGAAUUCUUCAAUUUGCACUACUUCACUCACGACGUACACAGCUCAACUUACAAUAUACAUGAUGAGAACUUCGAUGCGUUCAAUUGAACGAGGCCUAUGGUCAGGUGAAGAACAUGAUCGGUUUCUCAUGGGACUUAAAUUAUAUCCACAUGGACCAUGGCGAAAAAUUGCGGGAUUCGUCGGUACACGUUCACCACGUCAAGUGCAGACGCAUGCUCAAAAGUAUUAUGAAAAAGUUGGUCGUCGUCUUCGUGGAUUACGUAAAGAUCGAAAGAAACUUGUUCGACCUGAACAUCGUCUUGAUGAAGAUAUGGUUCAACUCUGUCAACUUGCCAAGGAACGAGUUGAUCCAAAUGGUCACGUUGAUCCAACAUUAACGAGACUUCUACGUGCACCAUUGUCAUCUUCUACUCAAAGAUGCAUCACAUGA